UCAAGAAGGAAACUAUGCUAUAUACAAAAUGUAAAAGAGCAUUCUUCUUGAUACUAUUAAUCUGACCGGCACCCUCGAUUAACCACAGGGAUAAUAUCAGGCACUGCGGUUGGUCAGGACUGCCGUACCGGUCAGCAUCUUCUCUGUACAGUCAUCAAUGUGACGGAUAGCCUCGACAUUAUGGGUCAGGACAGAGGGAAAUAUGAUUUCUACAUCGGGCUUUCACUUGCCGUCAGCUCCAGCAUAUUCAUCGGUGGCAGUUUCAUUCUCAAGAAGAAAGGGCUUCUUCGACUGGCUAAAAAAGGUUCCAUGAGAGCAGGACAAGGAGGUCACGCAUACCUAAAAGAAUGGCUUUGGUGGGCUGGGCUAUUGUCAAUGGGGGCUGGAGAGGCUGCCAAUUUUGCAGCGUACGCUUUUGCCCCAGCAACCCUGGUCACCCCGCUGGGAGCUCUGAGCGUGCUCGUCAGUGCUGUUCUUUCCUCAUACUUCUUGACGGAGAGGUUGAACUUGCAUGGGAAGCUUGGCUGUCUGCUGAGUAUACUGGGCUCCACUACGAUGGUGAUUCACGCCCCACAGGAAGAAGAGAUAGACAGCUUGAAAGAUAUGGCUAAGAAACUGGUCGACCCAGGCUUUAUGGUGUUUGCCACCAUCAUCAUCAUCGUAGCCCUUAUCUUCAUCUUUGUGGUGGGCCCACGGCACGGCCAGACCAACAUCCUGGUAUACAUCACCAUCUGCUCCGUGAUUGGUGCUUUGUCCGUGUCCUGCGUAAAGGGGCUGGGCAUCACCAUAAAAGAGGCCAUCUCUGGGAAACCCGUGAUCAGGAAUCCGUUAGCCUGGGUUCUACUGUUUAGCCUGAUAGCCUGCGUCAGCACGCAGAUUAACUACCUGAACAAAGCCCUGGACAUCUUCAACACCUCGCUAGUCACCCCAAUCUACUACGUCUUCUUCACCACGUCCGUGCUCACCUGCUCCGCCAUUUUGUUCAAGGAGUGGGAGCAUAUGGGCUCUGACGACAUCAUCGGGACGCUGAGCGGUUUUGUCACCAUUAUCGUCGGGAUCUUCCUGCUCCACGCCUUCAAGGAUGUGAACGUCAGCCUGGCGACGCUAGCCGUCUCCAUCAGGAAGGAAGAGCGGAACGGACCCACUCCUAACGGACACACUUCUUAUGAACUGCUGCAUGAGGAUGUGACAGAAGAAGUGGAGGACAGGGAGAUGGGUUUGCCGUUCGACAGCGUCUCCAGGAGAAACGGCACUACAGCAACCGCAUAGGGCAAAACAGUAAAAAAGGAAAGGAGAAAAGAAAAAUAGGGACCACAGCACAGAACCAUAACCAGCUAAAGGUGUGGUGGGACAGCUGAAGGGACACUUAGCUUUUGUUUAGGAUGGAGAUAUUUAAAAAACAAACAAACAAAAAACCUUAAGACAAUCAAUUCUAUGGGCAAAAAAAAAUAGAGAGACUUUGAGGACCAACCGAUUGUACUGAGGGUUUUUCUUGGCCUUACUUUUUUUGUUUUUUUUUCUUUCUUUCUUUUUGGACUUAACUGGGCUACAUGGUGAGAGUUCACCUCAUUCCUCGUGUAGCAGUGUAAAUACUGUACUGUUUGUUUUUAAGAGCCUUUUGUUACACUCUCUGUACAGAUAAAUCUGUAUUUACAUGCACUGAGUUCCUUUCUACAAAAUCAACUUAUCAAUCGCUUUGUCUUUAUAAUAAAUCCAACCCAUGUGAAAACAUGAGAUACUAUUAACUUAUAUACCUGUGGUGCUGUCAA